AUGCCACAGCCCCUCGGUGUUGCUGGCCUCCCUCCAAACACGAAGAUAAUCGAGAAGAGCGGUGCUAGAGUCCUAUGUGUCGCUGAUGUUAGAGGUCAUCUCCGAACUCUGAACGAGCUGGCCAAGAAGGCGAAUGCCGACUACAUCAUCCACACCGGUGAUUUCGGAUUCUACGACGACAGCUCUCUCGAGAGGAUCGCUGACAAGACCCUGCGCCAUGUGGUUCAGUACUCACCCCUCCUCGAGGAUUCGCUCAAGAAACAGGUCCAGGCUCCCGGACCCCAGAAUAUCAAGUCACUCGUCCAGCAGGUACCACAUGCGCUGUCCGAGCUACCUCUGUUCCUGAACGGAACUUACUCCCUCGAUGUCCCUGUCUACACCGUGUGGGGUGCGUGCGAGGAUGUCCGUGUUCUGGAGAGAUUCCGUUCCGGCGAAUACAAGGUUCCAAACCUUCACAUCAUCGACGAGGCUUCUUCGCGCCUUCUAGAUGUCGGUGGAGUCAAGCUUCGGUUACUGGGUCUCGGUGGUGCUGUUGUCAUGCACAAACUAUUUGACAAUGGUGAGGGAAAGACUACAAUCGCCGGUGGCCAAGGAACUAUGUGGACCACCCUCCUGCAGAUGGGAGAUCUCAUCGACACUGCGACUCGCGUCUACGAUCCCGCGGAAACCAGAAUCUUCAUCACCCACAAUUCCCCGGCGAGGGAAGGCUUGCUCAACCAGCUCUCCGUAACCCUGAAAGCGGAUUUCUCGAUCUCUGCAGGUCUCCAUUUCCGUUACGGAAGCUCCUACAACGAGUUCAGCGUCAACCCCAGUCUCGACUACUACCGCGGCAAGCUUGCGUCGUCGAAAGCCUCGUUCAAUGAUGUCUGGGAAACCGUUAAGGGAGAGGUUCAACCAGCCGUCGAGCAGAGCGCGCGGCAGCAACGACUUCUUGAGAAUGCGUUAGCGUUUAUCGAAAAGAUGCCGACUAGCGCUAACGGUGGCAACCCCUUCGGUGGUCCAUCCGCUAGCAAUGCCCCCGGAGCUGGCCAGGUGGACGAAUCGGCUUUCAAGAACAUGUGGAACUUUAACUUGGCUGAUGCCGCCUUUGGCUGGCUCAUUUUGGAAAUCGAGGGUGGUAGGAUCGGUACGGAGAUGAAGGCUCAAGGAUUCAACUUCUCUCACAGAGGAGGCAAGAUCCCGCACCCCGGUUACCAGCAGGCUCUUCCGCCAUCGCAGCCGACGCCAAUCGCCCCGGCUGUUCCGUUGGGCCCGAGGAAGAACGUGUCGAAUCCCGCCAGGACCUCGCCCCCGCCGCCCACAGGCCCAUCUCCAAGAAUCGAGCCCGCUGUUCCGGCAGUGAAGCCUGCGACCCCCCGUCCGGCCCCUGCUGUGGCCAAUAGGGCCCCCACUCCCGCCGCCGCCCCGGAGCCAUCAUCGCCGGAGGAGCAGAAACCCGGGAACAGCAACGGAGCUCAGGAGGAAGACACACGCGAGCCGUUGGUCCCCUCGACUGGCCAUUCUUCGAACCCAGCUACCCCGGUUGCCGAGGGACCGAAUUACAGGAGCAAGUACGGCCUCCACGUUCAGAACGCUGCGACAGUCACUGCCGUCAAGGAACUGAUCUCGGAAGACGUCCGCAAGUACAUUGUCGAUAUUCAGGAGAAGACCAGCAAGACCGGGGGGUUGUACCACUUGUUAUACACCGAGACGGAUGAGCAGGCACGUGAGAUCCUCAACAAGCUUCCCAAAGAACUUACCACCCGCAACUUCGACCGAGAUGACACCAGGGUUCACUUCAAGCCCCUGGACAUGGGCCCCAAUCGACGGGGACACCCGGAGCACCGCGUCAGCCGCGGCGGAGGCAUCGACUCGAGCAAGUGGAGCAGAGGCCAAGCCAUAGGAGGUAACACUAGCGAGAGCGACAACUCAGGUCCCGGCUACAGGCGUGGCGGCUUCGGCGGCGGCAGGGGAGGGAAGCCGCGAGGCCAAGGCUUCGAGAGAGGUGUUGGUCGUGGUGGUCGUGGCGGUGGCGGUGGCAAGCGUGGGGGACGGUUCGGAGAGGGCGGAGAGGGCGGUGGUGCACCUGCACAGACCGAAUAG